GUCAAAUUAUGUUGUUCUAUCUAUGUCUCUUGGGUAAGAACAACCAGAAUAAUCAAUUAAGAUGUAAGCCAAUCUUUCUCAAAUACGACACUAAACUUUAUCUUAUUUUAUUUGUAAUUGAACCAAAACACCUCUACUCAAAGACUCAAAGAGUAUCUAAUAUCUUCUCUAUUGCUUCAUCAAGUCUUGAAAUCUAUACUUAUUCCUCGGAAAAAGUUGCAGGCGGCAAACAGUACAGAAUCGUCUCCAUUCCAGUAAGGUAGCUUUUACAGAAGUACUAAUCUGAUACAUCUGCCAUUGUUGAUAAGUAUAAACUUGAGUGCGAGAGCAGAAAAGUACCGAUGGUGGAAGUAUGGUGGUCCAUAUUGGGAGCAGCGAUUCCAGUUGUUAUCACAGGACAAGGCUGGAGGAUGAAGAGAAGGCGUGAUGAGGAGCAGAGGAUUAAGAGUGCAAGAGGCCGGGAAAAGAGCUCUGAUGACAUUUUUGUGUGUGAAAGGGUUUGCACUUCAAAACGCAUGUUGAAAAAGUUGGGAGCAUUCUCUAAGGAUCCGAUUCCAGAUACUUGUGUCACUGUAUGUGGAGUUUCAGAGCUCGAUGCAUGCACGGAUGCUUGUGCACGAACUGUCUGUGUCAACCAGCAUCACGUCCCGAACUGGAAUGAUGUUUGCCUUAGAAGGUGUCAGAGUGAGUGUCUUAAACUCUCUGCAUCUCACUCUUCCUAGUUUUGAGUCCACGUUUUUGGGUUAGUAAGGGUCGCUGUUAAUAGUCGGAAGAUCCAGGCGACCACGCAGCAGGUUUACAAGCAUUUAACAUUGGUGUUUUGUGUACCCUUUGCUCAAUGAUUAGGGAAACAAUUGCUUUGAUUUACUGCUCAAUGGCAAUUACAUUUUGUUGAUAACUUCUCUACAGAUUUGUGUUGGCAUUUUCAAUUGAUCAUGUUUUGUUGCACAGAAGUGCCUCCUAUUCCCCUCCAUCCUCGGCUCCUCGCAGCAGGUCCAGCGGGGGUUUACGGUGAAAUGGUGUUGAUAAAAUAAGGAAAACUAUGUUUGCGUAUCUAGAAUCUGAAAGGCUGGGAUAUGGCUGUUGAUGAUAUGUUUAGUGCUUAUAUUUUAAGAAUUUCCGUAGACCAUACUCAUCAGCCUCUUUGAUUUUGCUACAUUACAAAAAUAAGUGAGAGCUUUUUGUGUAUUGUGUAGCAAACUCAAAGGGCCGAAAGGAGUAUGUCUCAAACGGAAGAAAGGGGUACAUAUGAAAGAUGAUACUUGGCAAAUCUUUUUAGGAGGUGGACUUUAUAUUCAUAUUGAUCUUAAUUAGGAGAAACGUUUUGGAUUAGUGUUUUGGUGGGGUGUAAUUCCCUUUGCUUGCA